AUGGUAGUAGGCUUGAGUUGGCGUCUUAGUCAGCGCGUUGCCGUCCUCUGCCUUCUUGUCUUGUGGUUGCGAUCGCUGGGUCCAGGAAGCGCAUAUCUCCAACGCCUGCGACCAAAUUGCCACCUCAAUGCUCAUUUAAGGCGAUGUGUGAGGGUUGCAGCCGCAGAAGGUCAUCCAGCGGAGCCAUUCCUGACUGGUGAUGCGGAAAGAGGAAAUCUCGCUGAAAAUGAUGUCGCCAAUCUUAGUUCCUCUGACCUUCCAGAUGCGAUAAGUGAUGGCUCUGCUACUGUAGAGGAAGGGGUGGCAACGGGAGAUGGUACGUCGCAACAAACGUCCUGUUACCUUCGUCAUGAACCCGUCCUUCUGCAAGAGACGUUGGACAUGCUGGUGACUGAUCCCGACGGGCGCUAUUUAGACGCUACCCUAGGAUAUGGAGGACACUCUGAGGCCAUACUGGAGCGGCUUUCGGCUAAGGGCUCCUUGGUGUCACUGGACCGCGAUCCCGAGGCCGUUUAUUACACCGGCCGUCGCCUGAGCAGAUAUGUGGAUUCUGGCCAGAUGAUGCCGGUUAUAGGCACAUUUAGCAACCUAGAGCGCGUACUGGAAUCGCAUAACCUGCCCCUGACUGGGUACAGUGGCGUGCUAGCUGAUCUAGGCCUUUCCACUCACCAACUGGAAAAAGCUGGUCGCGGAUUCUCUUAUAACACUGAUGGUCCUCUUGACAUGCGCAUGUCUAACCCUAUGCACGACCCUUUCAGCACGGCAAGCUACACGGGUGUCGACCUGGCGUCGUCUCUGGGGACCGCUAACACGGCUUUCAAGAUUGUCAAUCGUGCCAGGGAGAAUGAGCUGGCACAUAUUUUGAAGGAAUACGGCGAAGAGGCUCGGGCAGCGGUGAUUGCUCGUCGUAUCGUUGACAUGCGUGGUCGCAAGGGUCGGAUAUCUACAACUAAAGAGCUCCGUGAUAUAGUGGUGAGCUGCGUGCGCGGUAACCACAAAGCUGCAAUGAAGGUGCUUUCUCGAGUGUUCCAGGCGUUGCGCAUAUACGUCAACGACGAGCUAGCUGAACUGAACAGUCUUCUGGAGUUCGCACCCUCCCUGCUGCAUCGCAAGCAUGGGCGAUUUGUGGUCAUAUCGUACCACUCUCUGGAGGACCGCGCAGUUAAGCGCGCGUUUUCCGGCCUUCAAUCAGCAUUUGAACUGUCUUCUGACUCGAGCGUGUACCGUGUGCUGACGAAAAAGUGCGUGACGGCCGGCUCUGCAGAGAGCAAGGCGAACCAGAAGUCACGCUCCGCAAAAUUGCGGUGCCUGCAGCGAUGUCGAAAACAGACACAAGAGUGA